UCUACAAAGCUUAAUGGUAUUUUCUGAUUUGUAUUAAGCAUAGUGGUAUUUUCUGGUGUUGACUAAACUGAGUUAUAUUUCCUUAUUUUGACUGAGCGUAAUGGUAUUUGUUGGUUUUGUCGAAGUAAGUGGUACAUCAUGGUUUUGACAAAGUUAGUGGUAUAUCCUGAACUGAACAAAGUUAGUGGUAUAUCCUGGAUUUGAAGACGUUAGUGGAAAAUCCUGGUUUUGAUUCAGCUUAGUUUAAUUCUUGAUUUUGAUUAAAAACAGUAGUACUUCUUGGUUUUCACCAAGCUUGGUGCUUUUUCCUGGUUUUGACGAAACACCGUGCAGGACACGUCAAUAAAGAUCAGUCCCGUAUACUGCGGACCGAACCGGAACGCAUCAACUGACGCCUCCUGGUGGAAGAUGCACGACACGGCACGAUGUGGACGUUGACGCCCCGAUGUUUGCCGCCAUCACUCAACCACGUCGUCCUCCGAUGCUGGCUUAUCUUGUGUGUCACAGCAGUUGUACACGUGGUGUGCGACUGUCCCCAGGACGUCACUCUGCAGGCGUACGGUUGUUUCACGUCGUACAGCACCGAGCUACAGAACAUGUACAAGUCCAGACAUAAACUCUGCUGCGGGGUCAACGUCGAGGUGCUCCGAGCUUUCUGCAGUUCGUACGUCAGUGCAGUCGCGUGCAUCACCAGCCUCAAGUCCCGGUGUCCCAGGGAAAGACAUUCGCAGAUUAACAAGUCCCUGGUCAACUUGCAGGGAUCUGAGAAAGAACUUGCAGAACUGUGUUUUGACGACAAUCUCUAUGAACAAUACGCCAUUCACCAGACGUGUUUCGCUAAUGAGGGUUUCCUUACUGAGCACUGUUUCGAGAGAUUCUUCAACAGCACACUUCGCAUCAUGUCCAGGGUGCGUCACGGAUCCAUGUACGACCUUUGCAGUAAUAUGAGAAAAAUCAUGGACUGUGUAAAACCUAACAUUCUAAUGAAGUGCGGACCAGUAGCCGAGGGACUGGUGGACAAGCUUAUUAAACCGAUGGUUCGACGAAGCAGUGAGUGCGACUACGAGAGCCUUGACGACUAUCCACCAACACAGCGAUUAAGCUUUCCUCGGCAGUCUACACCAAAACCGACGCUACCUGUAUAUUCAGUUAAACGGCACCGACUAGUCAUAACAGACAAAACCGCUUUGUAUCAUGGCAGGUCUUCUUGUGCCACGUCAUACAACUUUAGCAUUUUAUGCGUAUUAGUAUAUGUCACAAAACUUCUAAAUUCAGCAAGCUGAUUGGCAAUACAGGCCAAUGUUGGCGCACAUAAAUAUAUAAUUUGAGGGGGAAAAUGUAUACGUGUAUGUAACUGGAAUGGGUAAAAAUAAAUCACCCUGUUUGGAGCAUCAAAGACAAGGUGGUUGAGUACAAUUAUUUUAAGAUCAAGUGGACACAUCAAAGACAAGGUGGUUGAGUACAAUUAUUUUAAGAUCAAGUGGACACGUCAAAGACAAGGUGGUUCAGUACAAUUUAAGAUCAAGUGGACACCACCGAGAGCGAGUAUAGGAUUUCCAAGAUGCAGGAGACUAAAAAGGGCCCCAUGGACGUGCGAGGUUCGCCGGGUCUUUCUACAUUUAACAGUUCAAAUGUCAGUGCUUUAAUGACACACUAACUAGAAAACAAGAGAUCUCUCAUCUCGAGAGGGGUGGACCCACAUAUCAUCCCUUAAGGUCCGUCUCUGAUAACGUGGAUGAUGUGUGUGGUGUUUGAUGUGUACCUGUGAGAAGUAAACAGGGUCUAUAUGUAGGCCUGUUUCAAUUCUCUCCAAUUGUUUAUAAACCUGGGACCUAAUUCACAAAGGUCUCUUAGGCUCUGCUAGACAACAAAGCAUCCUCUUUACAAGUCGUUUAGCAUUGCAAUGCGACAUUGCAGUUGCGAGA